UAAAUAUCAUACCAAAAUAAAAGAAAGAAAUGAGAAUAAACUUAAAAAUCAAUAUUUAUAUCGAGCAAUAACUAAAAAGACACAAAAAGGAGAAAAAUAUCGAAGAUAGAUAGGAUUGACACGUGAACAUAAACUUCUCAUAACCAUAACUAACUUUUAAAUUGCUAAAUCAUGAUAUAAAACCGAGCUGACAUAGUUUUAUUGUAACCAAAUAGUAGGUAUGGGAUUCUUCGGCCUAAACGUUAGGUUUUAAUGCGAUAAAUAAUUUUUGACCUAAAAUAUUUUUAAGAUGAGAUGAGUUCAUUAGUAAACAAAUUAUGUAAUUAACAAUUUUUUUUUAAAAAAAAUUAUUUAAGAGCCAAAAUUAUUAAUUCGGUCAAUAAUAUAAAUUUUAUUUUCCAUAUGAUAUUUCUUAAAUAAUUUUCAUAUAAAUUUAUACUAUGCGCAAGUCGCAGGUCUUGUCCUAGUUGCUUAUUAUUUAGAAAACAUUUAUGCAUUAUUUCACAUUAAAAUAUAUUAUUUUAAAUUUUAUAUAUAUUUUCAAAUAAAUAAAUUAAUUUAAAUUUUAAGUUUUAAAUAAAAUUAAUAAAUUACUUUUAAAAAACAAUUUUAAACUUUUUCCGACAAAUUUCGUGCACUGGUAAUUAACGACAAACAAAUUUGUCGGUAAUUCAUCAAAAGUGAAAAAUAUGGAUGAAAGAGUUUGUUUUCCGGUAAUGGCAUCGGGAUAAAUUACAGAUAAAACAACUCUGGUCGGGAUAUGUUUCUGACGAAUACAUAUGAUUUGGGAUAUUUUUAGGACGCUAUGUGUUCGUCAGAAGAUUAUGGCGAUGAUUUACCAAAAAGUUUUUCCAUGGCUAAUUUUGUCAAAAAAUCAUCAAAUACGUUCGUGGAAUUCGCCGGUAUAAUUUUCUGACAAACUCCUAACAGAUUUUUUCCUGACGAGAUAGACCCGACAACUGAUUUUUCGGAAAUUCGUUGGGAAUGGUCUUUUUUGUCGAAUUACCGACAAAAUCAUCAGUGCAAAUUUGUCUAUUUUCUUGUAGUCCAAAGAGAACUGAAUCCAAACCGAACCCAAAUUUAAACUGAAUUUCUACGCCUAGUCACUUGCAAAACAUUUAGUAAAUCAAGUGAUGAGAUUAAACUUAUAAUAGCAAAAAACUGGCCAAAUUUUUUAUUCGAGAAUGUUCAUUUCACCCUCAUAAACAAAUUUUUCAUUUAAGAUGAAACAUAUGCAAUUUGUUGUUGUUUUUGCUUUCACAAUGGCUAAUAAAAAUCAAUAACAAAAAAAUUAUAUUGUUUUUCCCAGAACAUGUGUUUUCACAUAGCCAAUUAUAUGUUGACGUAUCUAAAGUAAUGCCUAGAUCAAUGAUCUUGAUCAAUGAUGAGAAAAAAAAGCCAAAAGAAGACAAUGAAUAUAAUUUUUCAAGAGGUUUAUAUAGUAUUUAGACUAUGUGGCUUUUACAUUUUUUUAUGCAACACAUCUAUUUUGAUGAAAGACUUGGUCAUAUAUACACAGUUUGUGUUCCAUUUAUUUUUACCUUUAAAAUUUUAUAUUCCACGGUAGUGUAGUGUUUUCAUAUUUCACUCGAACUGAGACCCAUAUAUAAUGUGAUUUGGAUUCAGUGAAAAAGUCUAUUAAUAAUUUUUUUGAUAAAACUCUAUUAAAAACUCAAAAGUCCGUUAUUAACAUGUGACCCGUGUAUAAUGCAGUUUGGGUUUAAUAUUCCAUAACCCUAACAUCUAAAGUGUAAUUGUUUUAUAAUAGACGCUAAUUUGAAAUUAAUUAUAAUAAAAUGAUUUAUUAAAAGUUUGUCAAUAGGGUAAAAGAAAAUAGAUGUAAUAAAAGUUUUUAUAUGAAAUAUAAUUGGGAUGUUGUGUUAUACGCUGUUAAAAAGCAGGUGCAUUUGUUUAUUGUACAAAGCAAGCAUUAUAAAUUAUGCUAAUAUGACACUGCUUAUAGGAUUGAUCUCAAACUGAAGGAGUUUAUAGUUUGCAUUUAGUGAAAAAUUAAAUCAUUUAAAAUAAAAACCACUCUUCAAAAUCAAUUAGGAUCGUAUAGUUAAGAAUAAAAUCAGUAAAAAUAUUUAAUUUACGAUAAAAUCAGUAAAAAUAUUUAAUUUAUAAAAAAAAUGCAGCAAGUCAUAAGAAUCAACUAUAACGAAGCUAAGAUGUACUAUUAACUGGAGCAUUUUAUCCCGAGCAUUUGAAAUAUAUUAAAACAUGAGCAUACUUUUUUCUAAGAGUAAUUCUUGUGUCCACUCCCUAGGGUGAACCUAUAGGUUCACCUAGCCAAUAAUAAUUUGCCACAUCAUAUUUAGUUUUUAGAAGAAAAAAAGGUAAAAAAUAUAAAUGGAAUUAUCUACAAAAUUAAAAAGAGAAAAAGAAUUAAAAAAAAGGAAAACAGAAUAUGACGUGAAGUUGUUUAACGCCGUGGAAUACAAUUUUUCUUCUUCGUCGGCUGAAGAAAAAAAAGAUCACAGAGAAGAGAUAAAGCUGUGUUUGUGAUUUUCUGAGUCUUUAAUUCCUUGCUUUCAAAUCCAAUCUCGAAUUCACCUCCGAUCAAUGUACUUGUAAUCCUAAUAAUCUUUAACGCCGUCGUCUUCUUUAUCGACAAAUCAAACCAUGUUCAUCCUUUUCUGUUUCUUCAAUUCGAAAAUUAUAGAAUAAGAAGGAAGAGUUGGAUGGGAGAAUAAAUUAUGGAAUAAGCAAAUCAAACCAUGUUCAUCCUUUUCUGUUUCUUCAAUCCUUGCUUAUUCCAUGUUCAAGAAACCUUAUACCAUGUUCAUCCUUUUCUGAGCAUGCUUUUCAUAUAAACACUAACCUCGUAAGCCUUUUUACAAAAAAAAUAAAAUAAACACUAAACCUUUCAAUAAUUAGUAUAAUGGUUUAGUGUUUAUUUUAUUUUUUUUUGUAAAAAGGCUUACAAGGUUAGUGUUUAUAUGAAAAUCAUGCUCAGAAAAGGAUGAACAUGGUAUAAGGUUUCUUGAACAUGGAAUAAGCAAGGAUUGAAGAAACAGAUUAGGAUGAACAUGGUUUGAUUUGCUUAUUCCAUAAUUUAUUCUCCCAUCCAACUCUUCCUUCUUAUUCUAUAAUUUUCGAAUUGAAGAAACAGAAAAGGAUGAACAUGGUUUGAUUUGUCGAUAAAGAAGACGACGGCGUUAAAGAUUAUUAGGGUUACAAGUACAUUGAUCGGAGGUGAAUUCGAGAUUGGAUUUGAAAGCAAGGAAUUAAAGACUCAGAAAAUCACAAACACAGCUUCAUCUCUUCUCUGUGAUCUAUUUUUUCUUCAGCCGACGAAGAAGAAAAAUUGUAUUCGACGGCGUUAAACAACUUCACGUCAUAUUCUGUUUUCCUUUUUUUUUUAAUUCUUUUUCUCUUUUUAAUUUUGUAGAUAUUUCCAUUUAUGUUUUUUACCUUUUUUUUCUUCUAAAAACUAAAUAUGAUGUGGCAAGUUAUUAUUGGCUAGGUGAACCUAUAGGUUCACCCUAGGGGUGGACACAAGAAUUAUUCUUUUUCUAAUAACUAAAGCUUAGAUUGAGAGAUUUAGUUGCAUAUAGUUAGGAAUAAAAUCUAUAAAAGAUUAAGUGGCUCUGAUAUUAAUAAGGAAAAUCAUAUUUGUUAGCAAUUUUCCACCAAUUUUGCUGUCGAAUAAUGAUUACCAUAAAUAUCACUUAAUAGUUAAUAGUAUAGAUAGUAAAAAAGUAGGAUAAAAGAGAUGAAGAAAAAACGAUGAGCAAACCUAAAAAGACUCAUGUGCCAUUUUAUACUUUUUUAUUGGUUCUAACUAUUAAAAUUAAUAACAUAAUUAAAUAAAUUAUAUAUAUUAAUAUAAUAAACACAAGAGACUCUUUUAAAGAACCUGUCUAACGAUUCUCAGAGGCUUGCGCCUUUUUCUCUUAACGAUGCACGGCCCUGCCACCAAGUCUAAAAUGUAUAGUCUAAAAAAUCUAUAGAGCAGACUGAUUGUACCAGACACUCACAGGACUACUUGAGAGCUUUCAUCAGACAUGGUAACUAUUUUGUAGAUUACCGGAAAGCACUGUUACCCAUUGAACCAAACUCUACAAGCAUUAUACUAAAAUACUAGGUGAUAAUCCGUGCCUUGCGCGGGAUAAAAUUAUUAGUUUUAAUAUUUAUAAGAUAAGAAAAUAUUAGAUAUGUUUAGAAUGAAUAUUGGUGAUGAUUGGUUCGACUGUGACUGUAGAAUUCUAGCUGUAAAAGUUUAGUUGUAGAUAAAUUAGUUGUACCUGUAAAGUUGUUACUGUAGAUUAUUUUUGCAGAAACUUUUGUUGUAGUUAAAUUUGUUGUAGUUGUAAGUUAUAGGCUCCAGAUAUUUUAAAAUAAAAUAUGUGAAAUAUGUGAUGUAUAUAUAUAAAAUAAUUAUUAUUUUAUCACUUAAAAUAAUUUAUAUUAAUAUUUUUUUCAAAAUUAUCAAAGUUUAUUGUUAUUUAAAAUGUGAUAUGUAAAUAAUAUUUAUAUUAUUUAAAAUAUUUCAAUAAUUUAAAAGCACCCAAAAUUAGAGUAAAAUAUUUAUAGAAGUUUUUUUAUUAUGAUUAUCUUAUUUAUUUGAUAUUUUAGAUAUUUUUUUAAUUCUACAGUUUCUAGAGCCUAUAAAUUAAAGAUGUAGGUUUUUUUUUUAACUAAAAUACAUAAGAAAUUUGUUUGCUUUAUUUUUUUUGUUGUAGCUUUAAAAAUAAAGCUAAAGCAUGAUUGGUAAAAAUUAAUAGAAAUUUGAUGUAGGCUGUAACUUUGAAAAGUAAAACUAAAGCAUGAUUGGUAAAGUUUAAUGAUUUAGAAAACAAUAAAGCUAAAGUAUGUAGAUAAAGCCCAACCAAUCACCCUAUCAAUUUGGUUUUAUGUUGGAUUUUUUUUAGAUUUAACUCUUUUAAAAUAUAACAACCAUUCAAAAGCUGUAUUUAUUUUGGUUUAUUCGAUUAAACUGAUUUUCGUUUUUCUUUCUUUCGGUGAUAGAUAUGCAGUUGGAAUAUAUAUCGAUUAUUGCAAACUUUAUGUAAAAAACUUGAUAUAUUACCUGAUACAAUCAGUUAGAUUUAAUGCGAUCAUCUUCAUUUUUUAAAUAAAUAUAUAAUAAAUAUCUUAAGCAGUUUUUAAUUGAAAGAUACAUCAUUCUUCUAUAGAAUUUAGUGUAGAUAAUUCUCCAUCGAAAAUUCAUAGGCUUCAGUAUAUGAGUGUUUCAAACUUAUUGUAUUAUCAAUAGCUAAUAAAUAAGGGCCACAUACUAUAAGUUAUAAAAAAUAGAAAAUUCAAAGUUUUUAUUAAGUGAUCAGAAAAAUUCACCAGCAUCAUCGUAAAUAUUGUCAAAAUUUCAAAAUAAUUUUGAUUAUUAUUUAAAUCAACCUCGGAGUGGUAUUGCCGGCUUUUGUAUCUUUUAAUGUGACCAUGUUGACAUUAACAACUAUAAUAAACGUUACCAUGUUCUUACUUCUUAAAGCUUAUCCAAAAACCUUCUUUCUCAUUAUGUUAAAAGGAUUUCCCGGGUCGAUAGGUCACUGGGUCGACCGCGGAUGUAUCUUGGGUUAAUAAAUGAAUUAAUUUUAUUAUAUAAUAAUAUAUUAGCUAUGAAAAUAAAAAUAUAAAAACUAUAGUUUAAUAUUUUCUAAAUGUUUUUUAAAACAUAAAAUAAUAGUUUGGAUAUGUAUAUAUUUUAUGUUUAAAAGUUAUUUAGAAAAUACUUAACUUAGUUUUUAUAUUUUUAUUUUCAUUUUACAUACAAAAUAUCAAAAAAUAGUUUAGACUAUUUAAAAUUUUCUGUAACAAAGUAAAAGUUAUGACAUUUAAAAAAAUUUAAGAUAUAAAAUUCAUAAAUAUUUAUAUUUCUUAUUUGAAUAAUAAAUUAAACUUCAAAUUCAAAAUAAACUCAAAGUGAAAGAUCAUUGUAAUAAAUUGUCAAUAACGGAAAUAAACUAACACCAAAUCACAUCAACUAAUUUUGGUUCUCUCUACCAUCGUUCACUUCAUUUUCUCCAGGUGACAUAAUGAAAUCUUCAUCAAAAUCUAAAAAUCACAAAUAUAAAACUGAAAUGGGAAACCUAACUUUUUUUUUUGUCAGCACCUAACUUCUUAAUUGGAAACUUAAAAUAUAUUUCGGCCAGCACACUACGAUAACAUAAAGUUACAUUUCGGUCAGCACACUACGAUAUAAGUAUAUUGCCAUAAACUGAUUAUAUUAGUUGAUUAUCAUAUAUUUUUUUGCCUUGGCUAGCAACCCACGAAUUGGUUAUAUUCGCAGAUUUCAAUUGAUUUUCCAACUCGGAACCAACCGGUUCGGUUCAUUAAUUCAAUUAAAAUCGCCAUAGUUACAAUAUCUACGUUCUGUUAAACUCUCUCUUCUACAGAGUUCUCACGUAACAAACUAAUGGGACGUUGAAUAUAGUACCACCAAUCCCUUAUAAGAGAAAAGGAAAAGACGUCAUCAUCUCCUCCAUUCUGUCCUCUUGAGUAACAGUUAAAUGGAUUUCUCUUCUUGGGAUGUUGUCAUCUUAUCUUUCGAUCACUCCUCUUGGGAUUCUCUAUACUCCUCUAUAGUCUUUAUAUCGCAAGCAUGCGCAUAGAUUGACACAUUGAAGAACAAAGUUAUGUGAGAAGAAGAAGUCACGUUCAAGAACAAUAUUAGACAGAAAAUAGUAUGCAUAUUCUUCUCACGAGUGUAAGUAUCACUAUGACCAAGGUUUAUGACCUUAUAUCAUGAUGCGUCAUGUAAUUGGUAGACAGAGUAAUCGCCGUCGAGCACAUUAUAGCAUCAAUAACCCCGCGGAUAGUCCUGGGCGUAAUUAACCAAAACCAAAAACCGAACUGAAAAACCGGUGUCGGAUCGGUAACGGUUUUCAGAAAAAAACCUAUUGGUUUUUAUAUUGCCAAUCGUUCGGAGGUCGGGCCGGUUCGGUUUUAAACCGUUAUCCGAAUAAAAAACCGGACAUAACCGACUUUAAUGCAAAGCACAUAGGCAUAUGUCGACUCCUCGGUUCCAUAUCGUCUUUUCCUCGAUUACAUCUCAUCGUUUCCUCUUCUCUUCGGCUUGAACCCUAGUUCCCACAAAAGCUUCCUCGAUCAAACCAAGAAAUCAAAGCAAAAUGGUCACUAUAAAUAAACUUGAUUCUCUCCAUUCGUCUCCAUCAAAUUUUUCCAGCAAUCAAUCACAGGUUCAUCUUCUUUCUAUCUUCUUCUUGUUUCGAAUCCGAUCGAUUGCAUGUCAAUAUUUUUUUUAAAUAUGUUAAAUCUUUGUAUAGAAUUGGUUACAGUUUGAAUUUGAAAUUGAAAUUGGUUAAAUUGAUUUGUUAAAUUGAUUUAUUCAUAUUGAUUUCAUUGAAAUUGGUUAAAUUGAUUUGCUUAUAUUGAUUAAAUUGAUAUGAAACUGAUCUGUUCAUCUUGAUUUCGUUGAAGCAGAUGGACUCGACAUCAUCUCUUGAUCGAGAAACCCGUAACGAUGAUGAGAGUAACCUUCAAACUCCGGAUAGCAACAGAGGCAAAAGGAAAGAAUGUGGCGAGAGUCCUGAACGAUCUAAAGUGACGUCUCAACCAUCUAAAGUGAAGCGGCUCCUCCCAACAAGAUCAGAAGUGUGGGAUCAUUAUACAAGAACUAAGGAGGACAGAGACAGGUGUUUAUGCAACUAUUGCCAGAAGGAAUACUCGUGUCUCACCACAUCAGGAACCACAAACCUGAAGAAGCAUCUUGAAAUUUGCAAAAACCAUCAAGCGUGGUUAGCUAGCAAAAAAGAGAAACAAAAAGGUAUCGCUGAGGAUGGAAAGCUCAAGACGUGUAAACUCACUGAAACUGUGUUUCGAGAAGCAACAAAUGAGAUGAUUCUGUUGGGACAAUUGCCUUUAGCAUUUGUUGAUAGUGUGGCAUGGAAGCAUUUCUGUAAAAAGGCAAUGCUAGGGUACACUCCUCAUUCAAGAAGGACUUUAACUAAAGACAUCGUAAAGAUGUAUGUGGAGAAGAAAGAGGCAUUGAAAAGAUGGUUCUUAUGCAAUAAGCAACGUGUAUCCAUCACUACAGAUAUUUGGGUUUCACAAACAACAGGUUUGUGACUGAUUCUUUCUAUUUCUUAUUGAUUAACAAGUACAACUUACUCACAUUGUUUAAUUUAUCUUUGUAGGUGCUAGUUACAUGGUCAUCACGGUGCAUUACAUUGAUGCUUUAUGGCGCUUGAAGAAACUGAUCAUAGGAUUCAAACACAUCACGGAUCACAAAGGUCAGACAAUUGCAACUGUUUUGCUAGACUGCUUGGCUGAAUGGGGAAUUCGUAAGGUUUUUUGCAUAACCGUUGACAAUGCUACUGCUAAUAAUUCAGCGUUAAGGAAGUUUCACACUGCAUUUGCAUUAGUGUCUGAUCAGUCUCUUGUCUUAGAUGGUGAGUUCUUGCACAUGAGAUGUAGUGCUCAUAUCAUAAACUUGAUUGUGAGGGACGGAAUGGCAGAAAUAGAUCAGACUGUAGCUGCUAUCCGUAAUGGUAUCUCGUAUGUUAGAUCACAUACAAAUAUGUUGAGGUCUUUUGAGCUGAAGGUUGACUCGGGUAAGAUCACAAGAGGAAGCUUGCCUCUGGAUGUCAAGACAAGGUGGAAUUCAACGUAUCUGAUGUUGUCAACAGCUCUGAAAUUCAAGGUGGCAUUUGACAAGAUGGAGGGAGAAGACAUGUUGUACAACGACUACUUCAGUGAGUUGGAGAACGGUUCUAAAAGGGUUGGUCCUCCUCAGCAUAAGGAUUGGGAUGCAGUUGAGAAAUUGUGUCGGUUUCUUCUCAUAUUUUACAACUCAACACUGGUGGUCUCAGCUUCAACUUCUCUUAAUGCGCAUAAGUGUUAUGGUGAGAUAGUAACCAUUGCUGCAAAUCUGAUGGAACUCAUCACGAACUAUGAUCCUGAGUUGAGUUCGAAGGCAACAGAAAUGUUCAAAAAGUUUGACAAGUAUUGGGAUGGGCUCAAGAAUAUGAACAAGAUGUUGAUGGUUGCCACUGUCUUUGAUCCCACCAAGAAGUUGGAGCUUGCGAAGAUGUGCUUUGAGGAAUUGUAUGGGCUAGACACUGUCGAGUACAAGGAGGUGUACGAGUCUUUGAUAAGUGUCUUGAGAAGUUUGUUCAAAGAGUAAAGUGCAAGACAUGGGAAUGGUUUUGAUCCGGAUGACCAAUCAUCUCAGCCUACCACCAAAUCUCAGUCUUCACGGGAGCAGCCUUGCAACAUGGAGCUAGUGGAUGAUUGUGCUGGUUAUAGGAGAAUUGAUGUGAGGUACAAGAAGAAGCUCAACGAGAUUGGGGUUAGAGAGAAAAGGGAUGAAUUGGAGACUUACCUCAGAGAAAGUGUGGAAAACCCAGAGUUGUUGAUUGGUAUGGAAUUUGAUGUGCUGUUUUGGUGGAGGACAAACUCAAGCAGAUUUCCAGUGUUGUCUGAGAUUGCUAGGGAUGUUUUAGCAAUGCAAGUAUCAUCAGUUGCUUCAGAGAGUGCUUUUAGCACUAGUGGUAGGAUUCUCGAACCACAUAGGAGCUGUCUCACUCAUUUUAUGGUUGAGGUGUUAAUGUGUUCAGAGCAGUGGAUGAAACAAGAUCUUGAGAUUGAGACACGACCGCCUACAAAUGCACAAGUUCUUGUUGAUCUUGAAGAGGAUGAUAAGCUUGAAAGAGGUAAUAAUCUUAGUUCUUAGUUCUAUAUAUUUUUUUAAUGUCUUACAAUAAAAAUGUACAGUUUAAACAUUGUUUGUAACUUUAAUUUUGCAGAGAAUGAAGAUGCAGCAGUCGUGGAGUAAGAGAUUAAGAGACUUGAUCAAGGAAGACUUUCAUUUGCACUUGUUUUUUAGAACUUUAUUAUGCAUUUGUUUUCGGGAUCCUUUUUUUGCUUAUGUUAUGGUGUGUUCACAACUUUGAGUAUGUUUGAAUUUGGAUGUUUUCGGGAUCCUUUGUUUUCUUAUGUUAUGGUGAGUUCACUUGUUUUCACUUUCGGAUUUUUAAAUUAUAUUGUAGUACUUUCAGGGUUUUUUUUUUGAAUUUCGGUUACUUUGGUUACAAUUAACCGAGCUCGAACCGAAUCCAUUUGUACUUUCAGGUUUUUUUUUUUUGAAUUUCGGUUACUUUGGUUACAAUUAAUCGAACUCGAACCGAAUCCAUUUAUGCUUCGGAUUUACAUGGAUAUUGCAAUGCUCCUCUGAUCCGAACCGAUACCGACGAGUUCCGAACCGAUACCAUACCAAAAAAUCAAAUAUACCGAAUGGUGUUUCAAUCCCCACAUCCGAAAAACCGAUAACCCGUUUCACCCGACCCGAACCCGAAUGGUACACCGAACGCCCAGGACUACCCGCGGAUAUCAUGAUGCGUCAUGUCUUCAAUGUGUUAUGCAGUGGGGAGCUUCGCAAUGUGUCAUGCAGUGGGGAGCUUCAAUGUAUUAUGCAGUGGGGUGCCGUCGAACACAUUAUAUCAUGGUGCGUCAUGUCUUCGCGCAGCCCUCCGAAGAACGACACACUGUAACCGUCCAGCGAUGUGCACGGAUGCGCCACGACCGACGAUGGUCUUCAAAGUGUUACUCAAGAGGACAGAACAGAGUUUAUGAUGCCGUGUGUCGUUGGAACAUGAUACAGAUUUUUCUCGUCUUCAAAGUGUUCUUGAUGCGUUCUUCUUUCAGAUGAAUGGUCAUGUCUCGUCUGAAGAUAAGACAGAGCGGCUCGUCUUCAACCACGGCGUGUCUAAACGUUCCGAGCUUCGGGGUCACUUGGUCGUCGUUUCCUGAAUCGGUCUCGUAGAACUCCGAAGGUUUCUUUAAAAAUAUUACGUUUGAAGUAAUAGGUGCUUAAGAAUGAAGAAGAGAAACUCUCCGCCUUGCGAUUCCCGUGAGAAGUCCAAAACAUUACUUGGUUACCUUUUUUUGUAGAUUAAGGAAACUCUUUAAGAAUUCGCUUAUAGAGAAAGCAAAUAAGGAAACUUAUUUGUGAGAGUGUCUCUCCAAUAGACACGUGUCCAACUUGGUGUGAAAACAUUAACUCCAGUG